GUCACGCGUUUCCGGCGGAAGCAGGAAGUAGCGGCGCCGCCGGGAUCCCAAAAAUCCCCGAAUUGGGCCCAAAGGCGGCCCCGAGCGCGCCCGGGCCCGCGGGAGCCGCCGAUGAGCGGCGGGCGCUGGCGGCGGCCCGCGGAGAUGGUGCAGCCGGGGCCCGAGGCGGAGCCGGCGCUGGCGGAGGCGCUGCAGCGGCUGCGGGCGGAGAACCGCGAGCUGAGGGGAGCCCUGUGUCACUGCACGCAGUCCCUGCGGCAGCGCCUGGAGGAGCUGCGCCUGCUGCAGCUGCAGCGCCGGGGGGAGCGGGAGCUGCUGCGGGGCCGCUGGGGCCAGGCCCGGGAGCUGGUGCUGCACCUGCGGGGACAGCGCGGGGACAGCCCUGGGGACAGCCACGGGGACAGCACCGGGGACAGCAACAGGGGCAGCAACGGUGACAGCAACGGUGACAGCAACGGUGACAGCAACAGGGGCAGCAACGGGGACAGCCCUGAGGACACCCCCGACACCCCCGGGCAUGACAGGGACACCAAGGACACCCCCGGGGACAUCAGGGACAUCCCUGGGGACGCCAAGGACACCCCCAGGGACAUCAGGGACACCCCUGAGGACACCAAGAACGCCCCCGGGGACAUCAGGGAUGCCCUCAGGGACGCCAAGGACACCCCCAGGGACAUCAAGGACACCCCUGGGGACCUCAGGGACACGCUCAGGGAGUCUGGGGACAUCUGCAGGAGCACCUCUGACACCAGCACCAAGGUAUGUGUGGCCUCCCCCCCGCUGUGUCCCCCGCUCCGUGUCCCCUCUGUCCCCCCCGUGUCCCCCCACCCCUCCCACUGCACCCACCAUGUCCCCUUUGUCUCCGAGGAGCAGCUGAGGCAGCGCCUGGCAGAGGCUGAGGCUGAGCUGGUGGCCCUUCGUGCCCGCGUGGCCGUGGCCGAGCUCCGGGCUCAGGACGUUUCCCGCGCGGCCGAGCUGCAGCUGCAGGGACUGCGGCGCCAGCUGGAGCAGGACAAGGCCCAGGUGCAGGCCCAGGUGACGUCGCUGCUGGGGGAGCUCCGGGAGAGCCAAAAUCGCCUGGAGAGGAGCCGGGCAGAGAGGGAGCACCUGGAGCGCAGGGCCCGCGGUGACGCCGAGCGGUGCCAGCAGCUGGAGGAGGUGGCACAGGGCCACCAGGUGCAGCUGGACCAGCUCCGGCUGCAGGUGACAAACCUGGAAACCGCCCUGAGGGUGGAGCGGCGCGGGGCCACCGAGGAGAAGAGGAAGCUGGUGCAGCUGCAGGCCGCCUACCAUCACCUGUUCCAGGAGUACGACGCCCACAUCAAGGCCAGCCUGGAGGGGGACAAACGGAGCCAGGUGAGGGACAGGGGACACCUGGGGACACCCGGGGACACAGAGGGCCACGUCCCCUCCUCUGGGGACCCCAGGGCAGCCCCUUGUCCCCUGUUCCAUUCCCUCUUGGGGACACCUGGAAUGUCCCUGUGGCCCCUUGGGUGGUUCAGGUGCCUUCAGGUGAGUCCCCAGGUGACAGUGCCACCCCCCAGGUGGCACAGGUACCCCCCAGGGGUCACUUUAGUGACACAGGAGCAUACAGGUGGGGGGUUCCUGACCCCCCGGUGCCCCCAGGCCGACAUUUACCGCGCGGAUUUCGAGGCGGAGCGCGCGGCGCGGGAGCAGCUGCACGGGCAGCGCGAGGCUCUGCAGGAGGAGCUGAACCAGCUGCGGCUGCGGCUCGGCGGGGACGGGGCCCGGGCCCGUCUGGAGGAGAUGCGGAACCGCCACUCGGAGCCGCCCCCGGCCCCGGCCCCAGCGGGGGGUUUUGGGGGGCUCCUGCCCCCCCCCGAGGAGGGGCCCGACCUGUGCUGCCCCAAGUGCCAGUACAAGGCUCCGGACAUGGACACGCUGCAGAUCCACGUCAUGGACUGCAUCAAGUGAGGGGGCACAAAACGCCCCCAGCACCCCAAAACCAGCCCCAGGGCACCCCAAAAACACCCCCAGGGGCGCCCCAGAAACAGCCCUGGGGCUGCCCAAAAACACCCCCAGGGGCACCUCAAAAACAGCCCCAGGG